CACGGAUAACAAAUUAAGUGGUAAGUGCAUCAGCUCUAUAUGACUAGUUUCACCUCACAAGUGAUGAGAUACUUUCCAAGUCACUCUAUUCUGCACUCCUGUCAUAGCAUCGCUGAUAUCUAUAACCUGCAUGGAAAGGUGUACCUUGGACGGUGCUGAUGAUUCAACUGACCUCCUACAGUGUUAUGAACUCUACUCCCAUUCUUGUUUUGUUCUAUUAAAACAUAUUUUGUAUCAUAAAAGUCGCGUUUUUCGUAGGUAGGCCUGGUUUAUCCUUUAUGGGUCUUCAGUAACGUAGGCGACAGAACACGCCACUCUCAGAGGUCGCGGAAGCAUUUCGAAAGUGGAGGGGCAUUGCCGACAAAAGGGACACCGGGCUUUUGUAUAUGACCAAAAUCAAACGAUUUCAUGUCAUUCACGAGCCGAACGAAAAUUUUUGAAAAUAUGGAGUCUAUAACGCCGGAAAUGGCCUUUACAGAGUCUUUACUACCAGUGCAAAAAGGGCACUUUCUUUCCAGCAAAAGAGGGCGUUCAUUCAAGAAAUGCUUUUUUCUUUCUUUAAAUGAGGCACUUUAGCCCAGAAAAAAGGGCACUUUUAAAGAAAAAGAGCAUUGUGGGGGGGGGGGGCACAUGCCCCCCAAAAGUGGGGGGGGGACAUGCCCCCAUUGCCCCCCCAUUCCGCGGCCCUUGUCUGAGUUAGAAUGGAAAAUGUAAUCACUCCGAUAAUGAUUGCCUUACUAUUUUAAAGUUGGCCAGCAUGUUGCAACGUAGUCCGCCAUUGUAUGACACCUUAUUCAUCGUGACUAAAGCCCCGUUUAUAUUACACUACGCUCAAUUUUUGGUACCGCGUACCACUUUUUGGUUCUUGGACUACCUAAGGCCGCGUUUACACUACUACGCUACGGCAAAUUUACCGUAGCGUAGUGAUUUGCAUCCGGAGUGCCAAACGUAGUGGUGUGUAGUUAAUACGCUACGGCAACCCACUCCGUUAUAGUGUAAACACAAUAUAAUUCCGUAGUUAGUACGCUACGGCAACCCACUCCGUUAUAGUGUAAACGCAACAUAGUCUCAAUACUAGAAAUGUAGUAAAUUUUUAACGGAGUGUUUAGCCGUAGCGUCAUAGUGUAAACGUGGCCUAAAGCCCCGUUUACACUACGCUCAAUUUUUGGUACGGUACGGAUAAAAUUAGUACCCGUACCACUUUUUUGGUUCUUGGACUACCUAUUUAGGCAGUCCAAGAACCAAAAAAGUGGUACGGUACCAAAAAUCGAGCGUAGUGUAAACGGGGCUUAAUUUUGCUAGGUUUUUGAAACCAAAAAAGUGGUACGGAUACCAAUUUUAUCCGUGCCGUACCAAAAAUCGAGCGUAGUGUAAACGGGGCUUAAGUAGGUAGUCCAAGAACCAAAAAAGUGGUACGGGUACCAAUUUUAUACGUGCCGUACCAAAAAUUGAGCGUAGUGUAAACGGGGCUUAAAACUACCUUGUUUCAGUUGUUUACAAAAAUAUAUUAACUUUACAUUUUGUGGAAACUCCACGCAUCAGUUAUAGUAAGCUAAAACUGUUCAGACAGUUUGGUCAAUAUAAUUAAUGUUUGCAUUUUCAGAGUUCUGUAUAAUCUAAUCAGUCCGAUUCAAAACCUGUACAUGCAUGUACCGCAUGACAAAAGGUCUACUCAGGGGACGCUCAUUUGGGGGGGGGGGGGUGUUUGGGGCAUAUGAAACCCCCAGCGUUCGAAAAUCACGAAAGGUUGGUCCCAGUUUUCUUUGAGACUGUAUCAAAGGUUGGUCCCGAUUUUCUGCUGAACGAUUUAUUAUUUAUUAUUUAAUAAAGAUUUGUCAAAAGACAGGUGUGAAAUGCAAUAGGACAUUGGAGUCCCUUACAAGGCAUUUUAAUGUUUAAAAACACCCACAUACAAUAUACAUAUUUACACCAUAAAGAUUAACAAGUGCAAACGGUCAAAGGGUUAAUUUGGCGACAUUUAGGACAUAUAUAUCAGUUUAGAAGAAUGUAUGUUGUUGCCGUCAAAAACUUGGAAGAGUCUGGUAAAAAAAAGUUUUAAGACUCUUUAAAAGAGUUGACUGAACUUUCAGCUUUAAUAUUGUCUGGAAUUGCAUUCCAAAGAUUUGAAAUUCGAUUAAAGAAAGAGUCCCGAAACAAACUUGUCCGUGCAUGCUGCACAUUCAGACACAAGGAAGUAAUACCAUGCCCAUGCAGUGUUUGAAUUGCAAUAAGAGACGUAAUUGUUUAAAUCUAGAUGAAUACGUUCAGACUUGCACUUGAAGAAAAAUAUAAGGUCCAUGCAGAUAUUCCAACCAGUAAUUAAGCGGCAAUAAUUUAAGCUGAAUUAAACGGUCUUUGUAACUAAGGUUUGCAGAUCUACAUAUAAACUUGAUGGCUCGUCGUUGGGUUUUUUCAACUAAUAAUAUAUCCCUGAUUGUAGAUUGUGGAGCCCAGACUUCCGAAUUAGCAAAACAAACAUGUGACCUUACCAACGAGGUAUACAGUAAUGUUAGAGUCUUUUUCAGCAUUUUAACAAAACAAUUUCUCUUCAAGAAUCCAAGCAUUCUGUUUGAUUUGGACACGAUUAAUUUGAUAUGCUCGUUCCACUUUAAUUCUUUCGCUAUAGUUACACCAAGAUCUCUUUCCUUAAUUACUAUUUCAAGUUCAUUUCCAUCGAGAGUGUAAAGUCGUUCUGGCCGACUGGUCUUCUCCCUACUAAUACGUAAAUUAUGAGAUUUCGAUGAUUGGAACCGGAGUUCAUUUACGGUAGACCACGAAUAAAGCGAAGUUAGGUCGUUUUGAAGGAUGGCAGUAUCGGCCAAUGAUUUUAUUAUUUUGUAGCACUUUAAAUCUUCAGCGAACAUUGACAAUUUGCCGGAAGCUAAAACUUGAGACAUAUCGUUGACAAAUUAACAAGAGAAAUAGUAUUGGGCCAAGUACUUAACCCUGAAGAACACCAACUUUACUGGUGCCCACGAGGAAAAUGUACCGUUAAUAACGUCAUAAAUGUUUGUUAUAGAGAACAACAAAGUCGCAACAAAGCCUUCUGCGCAGUAAUUGUUUAUCAUUUUCUCAUGCACACUCUUGAGCGAGUAAUCGCCUAAAAAUACAGAAAAUCUCACGGGAAGUUCGAAAUUAACGGAAACCUCUGCGGAGGAGAGAGGUCUAUAUAUAACCACCUGAUUAAUUAAAUCGAGCAUUUUUCGUGAGCACAAAGGCAUACCGAUAAAAGACUUCUUUAAUUAAUUCAAGUGCACUCAUGAUUCAAGAAUAUGCAAAGUAUCUCGAAACCACUUAUACCCCUGAACACUACAAGCAAACAUAUACAAACUUCACGGAGCGCUGUUAGUGAGUUAUAGUCUAUCUGUAGACAUGUUUUGUUGAGUGUUUGGCAGUUCUGUAUUAUCAAACAAACGAAUGAAUAGACAAACGAAUGUGGACAAACGACUGUUUAUUUAAAUACUCACGGCCAUAUAGGUACCAAAUUAUACCACCGACUGGGUGUAUUGUCGGUCUUUGUUUUUCUAUGCUCAGUGACCCAUUACAAGGCAUGCAAGAAUAGAAGCAGGUCUAUCAUAUACUUGUAUAGCCUGUAUAUAUUUAGUCAUCGACUGGGACCUAUUCGCUCACCAAUGGCUAUAAGGUACGUACGUUUAACGUUAGAUUUCUCAUAUAAACACUAAAAUUUAUCGAAAGUUAUUAGCCAAUCAGGUGAUCAAACUAAAACAGUAGAGUAAUCCAAAUAAGACCAAGCAGCAUUCUUAAACAUGUUAACAAUGGCCAAUCCAAUUACUGAAUUAGAGAACUUUAAAACACAUACAGUGUUUUUUUUUCUGUCUGCCCGGCUCAUGCAUAUCACAUUUACCAUAUCUGCCACAGUACAUCAGCAUCAACUAUCUUCGGUUUAUAAUAUAAACAAAGUUAAAACUUUAUAAUAUAAACAAAGUUAAAACAAAUAAGACCACGGGGCUUUUGUAGUUUUGUGUACAACCAGAAAACACAGUCAAAGAUCAGGAAUUUAUUCAAUCACUUUUUGCGUUUCGGAAUUUUGGAGCAAUUUUAUAUAUAACGUAUACGGCAACUUCAACGACAACUCUUAAUGAAAUAAACGUUAAUUCAUUUCGUACACUUUUCACGUUAAUAUUUGUUCAAAUAUCUUUAAAUAUAUGUUGUAACUAUUGUUGUAACCUUCAACCUUACUUUUCCUUCAUCAAUGUGUAUAUUCGUAAAUUUAAUAUGUCUGUAGUUGUUCAUGUAUAAAAGGUAAUAAAUAAACAGUAAAUAAAUAAGCUAAUUUUUUUAAAAACAGCUGUAUUCAGCCUGUGUUUAUCCCUUCAGUCAUAGUGUGAAUAAAGCAAAUUAGCAUUUUGUAACUACAGGAUGAAUUUGGGUCAAUUUGCAUUCGCUUGUAUACAUAUGUUUUCAAAAAUUGAUAUCACCCACGCUGAUUAAAGUCGUAUAAUGUUUAAUAAACGAGCAGGAGUGUUUUUAGGUUUAAAAACACGAGCGCGUACCCUUCAUUAGUAUUCAUUACUGAGUAUAGGAGAUUUUAUAUAAAGAAUACUAAUGAGGUGAGGAAUGUUUUAUGAGGUAUAAACACAGGGAGUCCAUCCCGGGUCUUAUUGAAGUUAUGUAUUAGAAUUACGUAUGAAAUAUAUAGCUCAGUGUUGAAGCCUGCGAUUUGCGGGCUGUGUGCGGGCUAACGCGUUCAUUGAAUACACAUUCAACGCGCGCGUUAGCCCGCACACAGCCCGCAAAUUGCAGGCUUCAACACUGAGCUAUACAUUUCAUACGUAAUUCUAAUACAUACAUACAUACACACACACAUACAUACAUACAUAACUUUAUUUAAACACGGAGAACCAUCAGUACAUAAUUAUGAUAAUUAGCUAUUUACAAAUAAAAACAAUUAAUAUAAGUUAAGGAAGAAGACAAGAUUGAAGGGAAGAAGGAGAAGAGGAGAAGUACUGUUCUACCUGGUUGCCGUGUGGGAGUCGGUAAGACUGGAAGAAUAUAGAGAUUCCAGACUUCCUUUAAACAAGGAGAGGGAUGAUGAUAAUCUAAGAGAUUCAGGCAAGCUGUUCCAAAGUGAUGCUCCACUAUAACUGAAGGAGCGCUUAAGAUGAUCAGUAUUGGGCUUAGGAAUAAACACUGACUUGCCAUUAGAAUUUCUUGGUGAAUAUUGACUAUUCCUGGAUGAAAACAAUUCCGCAUAACUUCAAUAAGACCCGGGAUGGGAUCCCUGUGGUAUAAAGUCACUACAUAAUAUCAGUGAUUUAACAGGCUAAAAAGCUUAUGAAUUAUUAAAGAGGGUUUGAAGUACUAGUUUAAACCGUUAGUGUAAAACAUUUUUCGGUCAUAGAUGUUGUUCUAAUACGUGCACAUGCAUGCGCGAGAAACAUUAGCGCGCCGGUCAAUGAUAUCGUGUCAUUGAAAAGUACAAUCAUUGUUGCGAGGGUGGAACGUGAUCUUAGUUCUCGACUUUAUAAAGAACACAUAUUUUGGUAUAAAAAUGCGCAUUCAUUAUGUGGAUAAUAGGGCAUGAUCCCACGCUUGAGUGUUUCUAUUUCUAUAAUCAAUGCGCGCUAUCGGCACGCCAACUCGGUUUUUUUCAGUAUUCUUGGUUAUAACUUCGAUGUACAGUAAUCAGUAUAUAGUCGCAAAUCCUGAGCGGUGAACUGAUCCCAAGGAAGAACAAUUUCACGACUGUGAGUAUAUUUGAUAUAAUAUUUAUAAGUAUUUUGAAAGGUCUGUGUCAGUGUAUGUAGUGGCAAUAAUAAGAAAGCUUUGUAUUGGGUAUUGGUAGGGAUACAACUACCUGAAAAAUACAAGGAGAACUUCGACGUUUAUAGUAGCGAAGGCCCUUCGUCGGAACUGAGUUAGCAGCGGGGAUCGGGAAAAUUACAUGGGCUUUAAUUUAUACUAGUGAAUAUAAAAGCGAUUUAUACUAUUAAUAAAUUCAGUUAUAUAAUAUAUAAUAUUAUACGUACAGGAAACUCGUCUUUGGACCGUUGGACGGGAAGCCCAACGGCAACAUAUGGACAGUUUGCGUUUUCCGCAAAAACUGAGAAGUCAGUUAUAUUCAUCUCGACGCAAACCGGCUAGAUUAUGGCUAUACUGGUUCACUUUAUUAACGUUUCAAAUAUACUAUCAAUAAUGUAUGUAUAGUGACUUGGUUUUGGACUGUUUUUAGUCCGCAACCUCUCAGUAGCGGACCGCGUACUGUCAUGAUAUUGCUCCCGCACGCAGAGGUUUCCGGCAUAAACGUCUGCUUAUACAUGUGCGAUGUUUUUUCUCGCGCCAGCAACGCAACGGGUUAAAUUUCAUUGCGUUACCAGCGCUGGAGAAGUGGUAACACGUAUAAUGAUUUUCUCACCCGGUCAACAAUUACAUUAUACAUUGAAGGACAAUUAAAGUACAAAUCUAGGCUAACUUGACAAUUAGUCUUGUCAAAAUGUAGCGCUCGCAAUUUUGGACAGAAGUUUAAAAGUUUCGAAUCGCUGUAAAAACAGUUUUAAUUUAAAUCGUAUUAAAAUAUACUGUAGAUAAAUUUUCUUUAUCAAUAAGGAAGUAACAACCACGUUCCAUUCAAGUUUUCGUGCUAUUUAUCCCACCCACAUCUUAGUUCCGCUUGCAGUUGCAAUUACAAAAUAUGUUCCGUUUUCCUGUUAGGGCAAAUUCUCUGGGCAAAUUCCGACAGAGGCAGUCGGCAAUGACGCUGACAUUAAACGAAAUAGCGACGUUGGACACGAACUCUGUCUAAAUUGUGACAGCGUCAUGGAAAAGACGAAAUUCCGAAAGCGACAUAGCAAUGUUUUCAAGCGGCGACAUUACCUGUUUUGAAAUUCAGACGAGCGACAUAAAUACCAACCCUAACAGCCUCAAUUAUUUAUGAUUAUUGUAAAAAAUGUUCCGCUUUUUCUGAAAUGGUUCUAAUAUUAGAUAAAUUAGACCAUAUGAUCUUGUAAAAUUUUUAUGAUUCAGUGACAAUCAUUCCAGACUGAUCAAUCCAGAACUGGUUUGCGGCAUUUUCAGUCGACGUUGUCUUCGUGAUCAACGGUACGGUCUGAUGCAAUAGAAUGUCGAUUAUUCUGCAAUUAGCAAAGACUGAUUCACAUACAAUUCAAAAAACACAAGAAGCACAUUGUUUCGACAAUGACUUGGUCAGGUUAUUUUAGGCCCGCCUUGUUCAAAUGUCGAACUUUUUAUCAGUAUGCGGAACCUAAUGCAAAUGAAACGAAUUAAACAACGAAUUUACUGGGCAUUUAGUAAUUUACCCCAGGCUCGGCAAAUGAUAAGCGCGGGGUUUUAACUCAUAGCCAGUUAGCCACUAUAUAGGUCUUAUAUAUCUAUCUUUCUAUUACGUAGGGAGAUGUUUAAACCUUAAACAACAGAGCAAUGGACGUUAAUGUGUUAAUCUUUGUGAUAAGCGCUGUAGCCGCAAUUGUUCUAUUGUCAAUUGUCGUCGCAUUUGUCAAGCUCCUUCGUAAAACAUAUUCCUCAACACAUUACAACAAAAUAAAAGAGGAAGACAAGACUAAUUUUCGGUUCGUUAUUCCAACACAUGUGCCAAAAACGACCGCGCUUCACGAAUAUGGCGACGAUGACGUCACUGAUACAGAUUGCGGGAAAAUUGAUGUAGAUAUGAUUGACCCAGAGCUAUACGGAAACGCAAGUAAAGAAACCCGCAAAGAUAGUUCCGCCACAACCCUCGGCUGGUUAUGUUUCAGCGUGAGAUAUGAACAUGAAACCGAAAAACUGAUUGUCGAUUUAGUACGCGGACAGCAUAUUACGCAGCGAAAAAAUUCAACAGCUGACUUAGCUACUCCUUAUGUGAAAGUUUGUUUGCUGCCUGACAAGAAGAAAAAGUUACAAACUAAAACACGUCAGAAAACACCAAACCCGUUAUUUAAUGAACAGUUUAUUUUCUCCUGUUCGUUCUCUGGGCUAAAAGAACGCUCCCUGAGGUUUACAGUCUUUGAUUUUGAUAGAUUUUCGCGGCAAAGUGCCGUCGGAAAAAUUUUGUAUCCACUAGAAGAAGAUUAUGAGAACAUUCUUAUGGAAGGAGGUUGUGAAGAAAUUUGGCGCGAGAUUGACGAUUGCGGAACUUGUGAGGUGGAGGUAUGUCAUGAAAGAACUAUACCAAUUAAAAACUAUACGUCUGAAACAAGAGGUAAAGGCAUAGUUCAGCCUUUUGAUUGAUGGUUUUUAAGGCGCAUUUCAGUCCUUUUAGUUGAAAAACUAACUUGCAAAAUCAAUUAUGCAUAAUUCAAGAUCAGUAAACUCCGUGUUUUUAAACAUCAAAAAUGUUUUAAAAUGUUAAAAACAUUCAGCUUACUGAUCUUGAAUUAUGCUUAAUUGAUUUUCCUUGUUAGUUUUUUCAAUUAAAAGUGCUGAAAUGCGCCUUAAAACCAUCAUUGAAAAGGCUGAACUGUGCCUUUAAUAUAGAAAUUAAUUAUGUAAAGAUAAACACGCUGCUUUUACAAUUAAGAAAUGCAGCCAAUUUACGUGAAACAAAUCUAUCUGUACAUCGCAGUGGUACAUCGAGAAAUGUUGAAGCGAGAUUUCGAAGCGAGACUGUGAAUUAUAUAGCAAAUGACCAUCCAAAGAAAGCAUGCAGAUUGCAAUGAUGUAUAAAAGGCGCAAUAUUAUUAAAGGAAAUAUUUCUUUACCUCUAUUGACCUUAAGUUGUUUAAACAAUUUAACUCUCAAGCUACAAUUACUAAAACCACUUCGUGGGCAUUCUGAAAAAAAUUGUUAAAACCUAUAUCCGUGUAGAUUGAACUGAAUGAAUUCCUCACUGACCUCUCUCUAAUUCUCUAAUGGUAUAUUCCUAAGAUUCCCGUUAAUAGCAUGUUUUGACUGGGACUACUAUCGAAUUCGGUACGAUAACCUGGUACAUUUCCAUUACAAUCACCUGCAGCUUGCCCUGAAAUUGAGUGCGCCCCAAACAGCUGUUUGGUCACUGAUUGUAGUUCAAAAAGACAUUUGAAGGAGUAAUAGGCCAAGGACGUGUGUAGUUCAAGCAUUGAGACCAUUAAUAAUUCUCAAAGAUUCGAGUCAAUUAUAACAAGCAAUUCUAUAUAAUUAUAUUCAGUUUACAAUCUCUGUUAUUUACUGACAAGUCCCUUUGUUUUUUCCUCACUUAGAAUUCGUACAUCGGUGAAAUUCUCUUCUCUUUACAAUAUUUACCGGCGGCGAAGAGGUUGGCAAUUUCUGUCAUGAAGGGCAAUGGAUUGGGUAUCGAGGGCAACUCUAAAACACCAUGUAAGUCACUACAUGCAUAUAUUAUCGUUGGAAGUUUUUUAGUAAAUGAAUAAUAACGAAAUGAAUUUGUACUAGCACGAUGAGAUGUACAUAUCUUAAUUACAAUGUUUUAGGUAUACUAAUUACACAGUCAAUUCAAAAAAGCCGGUUGUCCUUUGCAAACUUUAAACUCUAAACAUUAUACCUUAAACUCUAAGGGUGUAAAGCUUUAUGGGAGCGUCGACGUCAUUUAAUCAGCUUAGAAAUCAUACAUUAGGCCAUUUCUUAGAUACAUGGUAAAUAUCUCCUUAUGAGAACAAUUCAUUUACAAAUAGCUGCAAGAUUCAACUACUAAGCUCGAAACUUGUUCUCCCCAUUAAGCUUUGCGGCCUUAGAGUUUAAGGUUUAUGGUUUGAGUUUAAGGUUGGAAAAGGACAACCUUUUUUGAACUGGCUGUAUAUAUUGGAGACAGGUCGUAUCUAGCUCUAUAGAGACCAUGCAUGCAUGGGCUGCAUGGCCAUGGUCUCUAGAGCUAUUACCUUAAUAUGGAAGCCUCUCUAAUAUGCAUACAUAUAUACCUCUCUAAAUAAAUAUGAAGACUUUUCUAAUAUUCAUGGUUACCUUUCCAAAGCAGUUAUUUAGGAUAUAUACCUCUCUAACACCGACAUGCACCUCCCCAAUAUCGACACCUCUCUUGAAUAUGGACACCUCUCUAGUAAGGAAAAUUUCGUAUGUGCCGACUAGGGCCAAACAUAUUCAGGGCAGAGUGGGGGGGGAGGCAUUUUCCCAUUCUAGAGAAAAUUGUGACCUGUUUUAAUCACUGAUCACUUAAAACUUUAAUUACUGUGUCACUACAAGCCUAUAGGCCUGACCUUGGUCACUUAAAACGUCCAGCAGUGGAAUUAAGCUUAAAAGUUGUGUGGUAACCUGUAUAUAAUAUGGACACCUCUCUAAUACCGAUACUUUACUCGGUUUAACUUUGCUGAUAAAACCGGUGCUUGCACUACAAGCCUAAACUGAUUAUUUGACUAGUUUAAUCAGCCAAUCAGCGUUUAGGCCAAAACCUAGCCUAGGCUUCCAUUGUAAACACCGCUUUUAGAGAGGUUCGGCUGUGUUAAAUAUUGAUAUUCACUCUGUUUCAUUUUAUAUAGCUGUUCACGUGAGAAUAGCCAUGAUAUUAGGUGGCAAGACAGCUCACGUUCGGAAAACGACGAAGAAAAGCAGUAUUGAACCAGUGUUUAAUGAAUCAUUUCAUUUCGACUUGCCCGACGACUCGUUAGAACGUACCAGUUUCGUUUUGACCGUAACAAACAAUAAAGUUAUAAUUGGAAGAAUUUUUGUUGGACCUCCUAUGUAUGUCACUGGAACCGGACUCAGUCAUUGGAAUUCAAUGUUUAAUUCACCACGAAAUGCCGUCGCAAUGUGGCAUACAUUGUCCUAGGCUCUGUCCUAGGUUUUUAUAAAACUAUAUAUAGAAACCAAACUUUACAACCCCUUAAAUUAACACGUAUAUAUAACAAUAUAAUAUAAUACAUAUGAAGUGCCAAGUUCUUACAUUGAUUUUAAUUUCCAUAAUUUUUCAUCUAUCAACAGAGAUUUGGCAAAAAUUGGC